GUUGGUUGAAGGAAGGCGUUGCUGAUGCUGAAGCGAACGAGAGGAAAGGGGAAAUGGCGGACCUCGAAGACGUUACGCUGGACGGGAGGCCGCUACAAUCUCUCCGGGUGGCUGAUUUAAAAGCUGCUUUAGAAGAGCGGGGGCUCCCUAAAAGCGGACAGAAAAAUGCUCUCAUUAAGAGACUUAAAGGGGCUCUCAUGUUGGAGAAUCUCCAGAGAACCUCGCAACAUCACAUAGGACUGCAACCAAACUCACAGAUUGGUGAAGAGAUGAGCCAAAACAGCUUCAUCAAGCAGUAUCUGGCAAAACAGCAGGAGCUCUUGAGGCAGCGUCUGGAGAGAGAGGCCCGGGAAGCAGUAGAAGAGCAUGAUACAGACCAAGAGGACCACACACAGGGCAAUAACAGCUCGGCCUGUUUGGCCCCAGAACAGGCUGUCUCACCUGUGUUGGUUGACCAGCACAAGCCCCUGGGCUCCUCUGAGGUGGAGGGACUAGCAGGCCCUGCAAGCGAUGUUGAGAAGCCCAGGGCCAGAGACGGCCAUCGGUCUGGUCCACCUGCUUCCAACUCGCACACCUCAGCACCGGCCGCAGUUGCCUCUUUCUCUGUGCAUAUCCCUGGUGGUGGGCAGCGACCGGAGAGAGUGCCCAGCUCUAGCCAUGUCCCCGCAGAUAGUGAUGAUGACAGCGACGGUGGUGACGACGAUGGCGAGGAUGAGGACUGGGAUAGCGGUGCCCGGAGGAGGAAUCUAGGAGAACCACCAAGAGGCCAGCUAGCUAGAGAGAGGUCUGGAGGAUCCCGCCAACCCCCACAGCACAUCCCUCCCCUGUUGUCUCCACAGCUUCGACAGCCUACCCCUCCCCCUUCCCCUCCCCCAGAGUUAUCAUUUCCAUUGCCUGAUACCCCUAAACAAAGUCCCCCUAGUCCAGGUGAGCCCCGGCCGAGGCAGCGUACUUCCAGUACCUCCAGCUCUGGCUCCUCUAGUAGUGGCAGACGUAGUAGCAGUCCAGAGCCACAAGGCAACGCAGAGCGCAAGCCUGGCCCGUUGACUCUGCUGGCACGAAAGAUGGCAUCAGAGGGGGCUUUCUCUGGAGUUGGGUGGCAUGGACGUGGGGAGCCAGAGAGGAAGGACAACAAUGCUGCAUCUGCAACAGUGUUUCCUGGUAGAGGUCCCCAAGAGAGCACGGUAUCUGCCAUCACCCACACGGCCAGUGCUGCCUCCAGUUUGUCCUUCCCCAGUCUGGUUUCAGUCACCGACCAGGCUGUCCUUGGAGGCCAUCUCCCCCACAGUCAAGUUCCUGUGAGUGUACUUAGGCCCACUGUGAUGGACGACAGAAAUGCAUGGCAGCAAGAGAACAAGGAAAGGGAGCUGCAGGCAGAGAGGGAAAGAGAAAAGGCCCUUGCGCAAGAGAGACUUGGAGCUGUGGAGCAGGAAAGACUGGAGAGGCAGAGAAUAUUAGAGCAACAGCAUGCAUUGGAGCAAGAGAGGCAAAGAGCUUCUGAGCGAGAGCGGGAGGAGAGGGUGAAAGCCUUGGAGGCAGAAACCAAGGAGCGGGAGAGGGUGGAAAAAGAGAAGGCUUUGGCAAAAGAGAAGGAAGAGAGAGAGAUGGCUAUGGCAAGAGAGAGGACCCUGGAGCUUGAGAAAGAGAAGACUUUGGCAUUAGAAAGGCAAAGAGCCAUAGAAAGAGAGCAAGCUUUGCAGCGAGAGAGAGAGGAGAAGGAAAGGGCUCUGGAGCAAGAGGAGGUAGAGAGACAGAACGCAUUGGUACGAGAGAGGGAGGGAGCUCUUGAACUAGAAAGGGUGGAAAGAGAGAGAGCCUUGGAACUAGAGAGGCAGAAGGCUCUGGAACUACAGAGGUUGGAGAAGGAGAGAGCCUUGGAACGAGAGAGGCAGAAGGCUCUGGAACUAGAAAGGUUGGAGAAGGAGAGAGCCUUGGAACUAGAGAGGCAGAAGGCUCUGGAACUAGAAAGGUUGGAGAAGGAGAGAGCUUUGGAACUAGAGAGGCAGAAGGCUCUGGAACUAGAAAGGUUGGAGAAGGAGAGGGCCUUGGAACUAGAGAGGCAGAAGGCUCUGGAACUAGAAAGGUUGGAGAAGGAGAGGGCCUUGGAACUAGAGAGGCAGAAGGCUCUGGAACUAGAAAGGUUGGAGAAGGAGAGGGCCUUGGAACUAGAGAGGCAGAAGGCUCUGGAACUAGAAAGGUUGGAGAAGGAGAGGGCCUUGGAACUAGAGAGGCAGAAGGCUCUGGAACUAGAAAGGUUGGAGAAGGAGAGGGCCUUGGAACUAGAGAGGCAGAAGGCUCUGGAACUACAGAGGCAGGAAAGAGAGAAGGCCUUGGAGCUUGAACGGUUGGAGAGGGAGAAAGCCUUAGAGCAGGAGAGGGAGCAUGCAAGAGAGCAAGCUCUUGAACGAGAAAGGGUAGAGAGACAAAAAGCUUUAGAGCAAGAGAGGGUGGAGAGGGAGAAGGCCUUGAACCGAGAGAAGGAGCAAGCACGGGAACUAGAGAGACAGGAAAAAGACAAGACAUUGGCCCUGGAACGACUGGAGAGGGAGAAAGCUUUGGAACGAGAGAGGCAGGAAAGAGAGAAUGUCUUGGAGUUAGAACGGUUGGCGGGGGAGAAAGCUUUGGAGCUGGAGCACAUAGAAAGAGAGAAGGCUUUAGGUCGUGUUGAAAAGGAGAAGGUUUUGGAGCUACAGAGGCAGAAUGCUAUGGAGCAGGAGGAGAGGGAGAAAGAGCGGGAACAGAAGGCAAGGGCUUUAGAGCAAAAAAUUAUUGAAAGGGAGAACGUUCUUGAGAAAGGGAUAUUGAAGAGGGAAAAGGCUUUGGAACGUGAGAGGGAGGAGAAAUCUCUGCAAAGAGAAAAGGAGAAGGAAAGGGCUAAGAUGGCUGAGAGAGAGAGUCAUCCUCCAUGGAUGCGUGGUCAUGAGAUUGGUCUUACCUCCCUGCCCACUCCUCCCCUCUCCACAGGAGCAGAUAGAAUGGCGACAACAGAGGAGGGUGGGGAUCUCCAAGUGCCAUCCCUACCCCAAACAGCAUCGAGAGACAACCAGCCAGCUGAAUCUGGUACGCCCCUGUCACAAACUCUAGCAAUGCCUCUGUCACCCCAGUCCUUCAAGAAGUUCCGUUUCUUGAGAGACCCCCCAGUAUUAUCCCCAUCUUCCUCUGCAUCCCUGGUCAUCAAGAAACCCUGUACAUUCUCUGACAGCCCCCAUUCUCAGGCCUCAGCUAUCCGGUCACCCAGAAAACCUGGGGAACAGCAGGAAGGUACUUCACAGGGGCCUCAGCCUUCUGCUGGAAAGCCCGCACAACCAAUGUCUAAGAGCCUGCUGUCAGAGGAGCAUGUUCACGCAGGUGAAGAGGAGGCUUGCAAACUGACAGUGAGAGAGACAGUCAGAGAAGCAAAACCGGGGGGUGUCGUAAACAACCCCUCGGUCACUGCUGUGCUACUUCCCUCAGCCCCACCAAAGGAGGGUAUGGUAGACAGGAGAACAGACAGAAGUCAAAAGGAAAAAGAGAACCGGGGAGGACAGACUUCCUCAUCCAGUGACUCCUCUUCCUCAGAUUCUGACUCUGGGUCAUCCUCUUCACAUUGUUCUGCUUCGUCCUCUUCCUCCCAGGGCAAAACCGACUCCUCUUCAAGUGGUAGAAAGCCUGAAAAGCCAAAAAAAAACAACAAAAGCCAUGAUAAGGAGACAGUUAGUCAACUUGGCAAUUCAUCUGAGGCACUGAAAGUACCCCUGUGCAUAAAGCACGCAUCUGAGAAUGAGGAAAAGGACAUGUCCUUAGGUGGAGCCAGACUUGGCAAGGCGCCGUUCUUUGGAGUACCUCCCAGAGAAGACAAUGAGCAGAAGGUGGACCGUGCGGAAGCGGAGACAAAGCCAGACACUACAAGCCAGUUGGAGGAGGCUACCCUCGCUGAGCCUGAUGGGGCUCCUGAGAGCAGUGAGGAGGGACUGACACCAAAGGCAUUCACGGCCCGUAGGAUCUCUCUUAGCAGCAGCAAGGCCCCUCUGGGUGUGGUCAGUGCUGAGGGUGAGGCGGAGUCCGGGUCUGGGAGGAAGAGGAGGUGGGGCUCCAGCAGUGCCGUCACAGCCAAGAAACCAUCCAUCAGCAUCACCACGGACUCCCUGAAGUCUUUGAUCCCCAGGCCGAGUCCCGGUCAGGAGGCGGUGGUAGACCUGCACCCAGAAGAGGUUCCCCUUUCUGGGGAGGAGGAGGAGGACAGGGAGCAGGGCGAGCAGGACCUCCAAAUAAGACGCACAGUCACACAGGUGGUCCCAUCGGACACCCUGGAGAAUGGACAGGAGUCACAGAGGAGUGAACACGAGGAGGACGCAGGGGAGGUUAAAGGUGACCGAGAGGAGAAGCUGGACGUCUCCUUCCAGAAAGACGAAAUGGAGACACAACCCCCCAGUCACGACACUGACCGGAGCACAGUGACUCCGAGUGACACCCCUGUUCGUCGGUUAAUCAGUCAGCAGAAGACUGGGGUGUCCGUCACCAUUGACGACCCUGUCCGCGCAGCCAAGCAGCCCUCUCCUCCACGAGGCAAAGUGUCCAACAUCGUCCACAUUUCGAACCUGGUUCGGCCGUUCACCCUGGGCCAGCUGAAGGAGCUGCUCAGCCGGACCGGUACCAUGCUGGAGGAAGGCUUCUGGAUCGACAAGAUCAAAUCUCACUGCUAUGUUACGUACGGCUGUACAGAGGAGGCCGUGGCCACCCGGGCUGCUCUGCAUGGGGUCAAGUGGCCUCAGAGCAACCCCAAGUUCCUCAGUGUGGAUUUCAGUCAGCAGGAGGAGCUGGACUUCCAACGAGGUCUGCUUGCCCCAGAGAGGGCUGGGGAGGGAGAGCGGGGGGCUGCGGCGGCUCCUGGCCGAGGUCGUGGGACAGCUCUGCCUCCUCUCCUGCCUGAUCGGGACCAGUGGGCGGAGCGAGAGCGCGAGAUGGAGCGCAGAGAGAGGACCCGGGCGGAGAGGGAGUGGGACAGAGACAAGGUACGGGACUUUGGUCCAGGAAACCCUGGAGAAGAGGUCGGCCCCAGACGAUCCCGCUCCAGAGAGAGAAAGCGCAAGGAGAGGGGCAAAAGCAAGGAGAGGAAGGCCGACAAAAAGGAGAAAGCGUCAGAGGAACCCCCAGCCAAGCUGUUGGACGAUCUGUUCAAUAAAACUAAAGCAGCUCCUUGUAUUUACUGGCUCCCUCUCACAGAAGAGCAGUUUGCACAGAGGGAGGCAGCUCGACAAGAAAGGAUGAAGGAGCGGGAGAAGAGGAGGAAGGAGCUGCAAGAGGAGGAGGACAAGAAAAGGGAGGAAGAGCGCAAAGAGCGAAUGAAAGCCAGUAGUGGGGCAGCUGGAGAACGAGGCGAGGGGGACAGAGAGAGAGACCGGGGCAGAGACAGGGAAAGGGAGGGAGACCGACACAGAGAGGGUGGCUACCGCAGACCAGGGGGCAGCAGCGUGGGGGGAGGGAGACGCUCCCGCAGCCGCAGUGACCCCCCAGCUCGAGACAGACGGCGGUAGAGGGAGAACUAAGACCCUGCUGAGGACCAACUGAUGUAGUUACUAUCUCUCAAACUGUCACUUUUUUUAAAAAAGAAAAAACUAAUCUAUGCGGCAGCACAUGCCGAAACACAUGCAGACACAAAUAUACACACACAGACAUAGGGACCAUGGUUUGAGCAGUGUUUCCCCCCAACUGUCAUCUGUUGCUCCACUUUGAAAGGUGAGAUUGUAUUUAGUUUAUGUUGUCAAUCUUUUUUGUUGUCGUCCCCCCCCCCACCCUCCAUACAUUCAUGGCUGAUUGGCAGUAAGGUUUCCCCCAUUUUUGUCCCUUUCCGAAGUGUAAGUGCUGUAUAUUGAGUUCCUUGCAUACACACGCAUUGGUUUUUGGCCUUCCCUGGUGUUGUUCAGCAACUGGUUUCUGUUGGGUAUCAUGGCUGCAUGCUGUUUCAGUCUGCCGUCCUCAGCCUUGUCUCUGUGCAACACCGCCAGUCCUCCCCAGAGUUCUGUCCUACCCAGUCUUUUUGUUUGAGGGAUGAGUGACUAUAUUCUGUGCAAGAUGUUUGAAAUGUCACCGGUUCCACUGAUCUGUCUUUCCAUCUUCUAGAAGCUUACUUCCCCUCCCAAAU